CCCUCCCCCCUUUUCUCUCGCUCUUAAACCUCCUCUCUUCCUCAACCGCUUAGGCCCGGAAUUAGAAAUGAAGUUGGGGAAGAGGCCCAGGCCCGCGAUGCCCAGAACCAACACAAUUACGGAAUUUCCCCCCGAUCAAAUCGCCGUCGAUCCUCCGCCGCCGGCGGUCGCUAACCACCCCACUGCCUUCAGCGCCUUGGAUCUUGUACCAGGCCGUCGAGAAUCCGGUGGUUUCGCGGAAACCGCUCAUUUCCUUACCGCUUGUUCCCUUUGCAAACGCCGUCUCUAUCCCGGACGUGAUAUAUAUAUGUACAGAGGAGACACUGGGUUUUGCAGCCUAGAGUGCAGAGAACAGCAAAUGAGAAGGGAUGAGAGAAAAGAGAAGUGUUCGGUCAUCACAUCAAAGAGGAAGGGGGCUACCGCCACGUCCGCUGCUGCAGCCACGGGGUCCAAGGGCGUCGCCAACCCUAGCGAUUCUAUCGCCACCGUGUAGAUUAGUUAGUUAGUUGAAGAACGGUGACAAAUAUUUAUAGUGUACCGCUACAUAUCGAUCGACACGUGUGUAACAUAUACUACUAUCUCACUUAUAUAUAUACUCCGUAUUAUAUUGAUAUAAUGAGAAUAAUUAUUACCAACAUGUAUGUAAGAAUUAUUGGACAGUCUUUUAAUUUUCUUCCAAAAGGUUGAAUCCCGUUUCCCUAGGGCUUUUCAUGCUUCGACCCGAC